AUGGUCUUCAAGCUCAGAGGACGACAACGGCGACAACGAUCAGGAGAGGAGGAAGGAGGUCGAGUUGAACGAAUCAGAGUCAACGAAACGAAAUUCGACCAAAAACCAACGACAUUCCGCGUCCUAAUCGAAUCCACCCAAAAACUCUUCCGUCGCGUGGGGCAGUCCAUGGUCUAUUCUCGUUCUCGGCUCCUAGCCCUGGUCCUAGCGCCCAUACGAGGAAUGAGUCGGGCGCUCGGACGAAAGGAGAAGAGACGAUCAAAUCGCCCCACCAGCUUGUCUCCUGCCUUACCCGCCCCUACUUACGCCUGUACAUACCGGCUGUGGCUCGCACUCUCCGUUGGUACUACCUACGAAGUCUCCGUUUGUUUUUACUGUGGCACCGUUCCCAUCAACAGGCACGGGUUUGCCAUUCGUUUCUAUGCAUUCUGGGUCGCCGUUCGCUUCCACAGGAUCUUCAGGUUCCGUACGCUCAUUCAGUGCAAUUUCGAUCCGUUAAGCACCCCCACCUCUUUCCGGUGCCGGUGGUGUGGGCGGGGAAAUGAAGAGGGAAGGAGUGGCUACGACACUGAUUCUGGGUCUGUUAUACAUCAUCCUAGGCCACGGCCUGGUAUUGGAGUUGAGAGGUUGGUUGGAUAUUGUGAUGAUAAUAUGUCUGGUGAUGAUGUUCCUCCUCGUGGUGCUGGUCCUGACAGACUGAGCCAGAAGCAGAAACAGAGGCUGAAGGAGGAUAUCUACGACACCGCCCCAUUACACUUUUUCGAAGGUGGGGACGAACCGAGCAUGGCGAACCUCCUUCUCCUCUCCCACUCUCCUGCACACCCAAUAACAGGGGCGGAGGCGUAG